CUGGCUGCGCUGAUUGCAGCCCCGGCCCCUGGGCUGCCCCUGGCGGGGACACCGCGCCGCGCGGGGCGGCUGCCGAGAGCGCGCCCUGGGAGACUGCUGCAGCGCCAGCGCCCCGACGCGACGGGGAUGGGCGCGCUGUAAAAAAAGCCCCCGAUUUGAAACCCCUCCCGUGGCUUGGCCAGGUUCCCGCUGCGCCGGCGGCGGAGGGCCAUGGGGAACAUCUCCUCCAACAUCUCCGCUUUCCAGUCCCUGCACAUCGUCAUGCUGGGCUUGGACUCGGCCGGCAAGACCACCGUCCUCUACCGGCUCAAGUUCAACGAGUUCGUCAACACGGUGCCCACCAUCGGCUUCAACACCGAGAAGAUCCGGCUGAGCAACGGCACGGCCAAGGGCAUCAGCUGCCACUUCUGGGACGUGGGCGGCCAGGAGAAGCUGCGGCCGCUCUGGAAGUCCUACAGCCGCUGCACCGACGGCAUCAUCUACGUGGUGGACUCGGUGGACGUGGACCGGCUGGAGGAGGCCAAGACCGAGCUGCACAAGGUGACCAAGUUCGCCGAGAACCAAGGCACCCCCUUGCUGGUCAUCGCCAACAAGCAGGACCUGCCCAAGUCCCUGCCCGUGGCCGAGCUGGAGAAGCAGCUGGCGCUGCAUGAGCUCGCCCCCUCCACCACCUACCACGUCCAGCCCGCCUGCGCCAUCAUCGGCGAGGGGCUCACCGAGGGCAUGGACAAGCUCUACGAGAUGAUCCUCAAGCGCAGGAAGUCCCUCAAGCAGAGGAAGAAACGAUAACGGCCGGGCCCAAACCCCGCUAGCCUGAAACAUUGCCGGGCCGGCCUCCCUAGGCGCCCCCAAUGGGCGCCUGUGUCCGGACGGGCGCUCGGCCCCGCAGCGCCUUUCAUUGGGGUCGCUACUGCUUUUAACUCGCUGGCAGGACUAGGAGAUGGGUGAGGCUGGCGUCUGGGUGAAGCGGCUGCUGUUUGCCCCCCGACGAUCAGAUCAGCCAGCAGCUGAGCUUGGGAGGGAAUUGCCUUUCCUUUUAAAUCGGAGUAUUUGCGGUGGCGCUUGAUGCAACAGGGCUGGCCCCUGUGAAACUGAGCUUGAAUUUGCUCCUGUCUGUGGAUCCUUCAAAACAAAACAAAAAAGUGUGUGUGUUGGGGGGGUACUACUUCAGGAAGCACUGGAUGCUGAGGCAUCUGUUUGUGGUUGGGAAAACUGCGGUAGGAAAUCACAGGCCAAUACAUCUUGCUGAAUGGUGGAUCGGUAAGGUGAGCCUCCUGGGAGAACUGCUUUUCAGGUUGCACCAGACCUCCCCUUCCCCCCACCCCCUUCGGAUUCAGCCCAUAUGUGGGUCAUUAUCACACACCACAAAUCAGACCAACAAAAUCUCUGAAGCCCUGGAAUGAAUGAAUGAUACACUACUGCUUGCAGUAGCUGUUGUGCUUAAAGGGAAUGCCCAGUUGUUUCAGCUGAGGGUGCCCAUCCUAUUUUAAAAACAAAGUCUAUCUAAGGAGAGAAAUGUAUUGCUCCAUGGGGGAUUUAAAGCUAUAUAGCCAGCUAGAUGGCUUGUGACCAGCUGUUGACUGGUGCUGAGUUUUAAGCUGUUUGCUAAAAGGGGUUCUGUAUGAAUUUUUGCCAUGAAGGGUUCUCAAGCAUCUCUUCAUUUUCAAAGGUUUAUCUUUUUCUUUUUUAAACAGACUAUCCUGUAGCAAUGGUAAGCAGUAAGUCUUGCCACUUUAUUGCUGUAGCCUACACGGUGAGGACAUGUUCGGAUUGUCUAAUUUGGUUCAAUCUGGUUGAUUCAAUUUGCGCACUCCAUUUAAAAAUAAGUCUCAUGACACUGCUGGAUGACAGUUCACCUCAUCUGCAUGGAUAUAAAAGCAAACGGAAAAGCACAAGAGUUGCUAAUUAAACUGUGGUAUAAACAUGGACUGUGAAUCAAGCCAGUACCUGGAUCACCAGAAUACAAACAUUAGGCAGCUAAACUUGUACCACCCAAAAUGGCAAGAGUUUGCAAAAUCUCUAACGCAAAGGGAUAUUGGAGUGCAGAGCAGAGUGCGAAGUGGAAGUUUUAAGAACUUUUUGAUGAUACAACCAAAGGUUUUUAACAAAUUCAAGGCUCAGUGUCCUAGCUGCAAAGCAGGCAAGGGGAGAUCGUGCUAGUGCAGUAAAUGUACAACAGGCUUAGACUUGUUUCCAAUCACUUCACUAGUGCAGGAUCAAGCCCAGUGUUUUAGCAAGAUCCUGGCUGGCUGGCCCUUCCCCAUCAAUUGGUGUUUUGACAUUAACUUCACUGAGCACAGGAUUGGACCCUAAAUAUACAUAAGCUGGCUGCUUCUUGGUCGGUCUCUCUCUCAUGGAAACUCAUCUCACAAUGAGAAAAUUCUGAUGCUCAGAAUUUCAUAACAAGAAGAGAGUUUGGAAAUCAGCAGCCAACAGUUUUUUGCAUACCAGUGUCCCACACCUGUGGUUCACUGGUCUUAAUAUGGUCAUGUGAGAAUUUCUGGUGACUGAAGUAUUUGGCUUUCUGCUUGAGUGCAUUUCCCAAACAAAGAAAAAACCUGGGUGAAUUUCAGGCAGCUGAUUCUCCCUUUUCAGCAAUGAACUCAGUACUUUCCCAAUAGCAUUUUGUAGAAAUCCAAUAUUGAAACCAAAUGGUAUUUAGAUGCCUGCGAGAUUCCAGUUUACAGGAGUAGUGACUGCUUCGCUAAUCUAAGAAGUGGGCUGGUCCCAUCAUUUCAGGAGGGUCUGUACAGUUUCAUUGGAAUCUUUUGUGUUUUUUUUCUUUGCCUUCACAUGAAACACUUUCUGAAGCACUUUGACAUUUGGUAGUUCCACACUAUUGAGAGAGAGAGAGAAUAUAUUUAUUUUGUGACACUGCAGAAGCCAAAUGCUCCAACCUUUGUUUUGAAUGUUAAAAGCGUUUAGGGGUUAAAUAAAACGGUUCUGAUCAAAACCUGUCAUGCUUUAAAAAUAACACCUAUUACAGGGGGUUUUCCCCCAGCAUCAAGACUUGUUUCUUGAUCCUGCAGACAACUUUACUGAGGCAAAUAGUUUCAUUAAUUUAAAUGGAACUGUUUGUGGAAAUAGGACAUGCAGUUGCAGGAUUGGCUCCUUACUGGACAGUCAGUUAAACUGGCCCUAAUUAAGCAAAUUACUUAAGCAUUGCCUAAUUUGAUCCCUACCCCGCAAAAGCACUGAAGCAUGUGCUUAACUUUAUGCAUAUGUUUAGGCACUGUGCUGGCUAGGGGCCAGAUGGAUCCAGGGUCAUGGUCACUAGUUGUACGUUUUUGCAGUAAGUUAAAAUACUUCUCCAAUUAGUAGUUAACAGGGUCAUUGGUAUUUCUGUAGUGUUUCAGGACUGUAAUGACUAUUCCUGAGUGCUAGGGCUGAGUUGAGCUGUGUUAGCUGCAACUGUGAUUACAGAAAAGCUUUACCUAGUCUGCUGUUCUAAAAUCACAGUUGGAUUUACUCCAGGUUGUGUGUCCUCUCAACUUUAUGGGGGGGGAAAGGUUUUUGUUUUUGUUUUUUCUCAGCAAAUAUCCUGAGAUGCCAGUCCCAUUUCAGACUUUGUCUUCACAGUGUACCUGGAACUCAAGAAAAAUGCCAUGUUAUGUAGUAUAACUUUUCAUUUUAUCUUGUCAUCCAUCCUCUGUUCUUUCCAUCUUUCCUCUUUUUAAAAAAAAAAAAAAUGAUGCAAACAUGAUGCUGUGAACUGAAAUAAAUUAUUUAUACGAUGAA